AUGAAGGUGAAUGGAAAGCUCCCGAGUCUUGUGAAUCAGACAGGAGCUACAUAUGUUACCGAUGGAGAUAAAGCUGAAGCUCUGACUAUGCAUUUUGCCAAUGUCUUUUCUUCAAACUGUGGCGAUACCACUCCAGAAGUUGUUGGCAUAGCUCCUGUCCAAAAACAAUGCAGUAACAUGUUUUUCCAUUCUACUGAUAUCUAUAAAUACCUCAAAUCUCUUAAGCCGUCGGUUAGUGAAACAUAUGAUGCAAUCCCACCUAUUGUAUAUAAGGAGUGUGUUGCUAAUUUAUCUCCUUCUCUAGCUCAUAUCUUUAACAUCUCAAUAUCAUUAAGUGAAGUUCCGGAGGUCUGGAAAAACGCCAUUGUCACACCCACUCCAGGUACCGAGUGGCUGAAUAAUUACCGUCCUAUUGGCUUACUACAACGCCGGUGA